UUGAAGGAAAAAAAAAAAAAAUCCCAAAGAAUAAUUUCAUUGAUUUUUUUUUCUCUUUUUACUACUCCUCCUGAAUCAGGAUUCCACUACUACUGCUCUACCCUACUGCUACUAUCAUUCGAAUUCGAAUUCUAUGAUUUUUUUCCGAAUUCGGUUCUCCUGAUUAAUUAAACUAACAAUGAGCGAUUUUUUUAACACAUCAAAUUUUGAUGCUGCGGAUGAAUCGGCUCGUGGUGGUGGUGGUGCCGGUGGUAAACAAAAUUCGGAUAAUCAAUUAAAUCAAAAUAUUGUUCGUGUUUCUUGUUCACAAAUCGCUCGGCUAUCACGUCGUGAAGAUGGUUUAAUUUUGCAUCGACAAAAAAUCAACACUAUUGUUGUUAUUGGUGUUGUUCAAAGUGUUGAAGAACUUACAACAAAAAAUGUUUACAUUAUUGAUGAUCAUACACCAGGAUCGCCGAUCGAAGUUCAACUUUGGAAAAAUACACCUGAAGGCGCCGAUGGAAAUCCACGACUUUCAUUGAUUCCACCAACAGUUUUAGAACGAACAUAUAUUCGAGUUACCGGAAAAGUUUCCUAUGAUGAUCAAAAACCAUUUGUCAUUGCUUUUCGUGUAGAAUUGAUCAAUGAUCCGAAUGAAAUUCCACGUCAUUUACUACAAAUAAUUCAUGAUUCAUUGUUUUUGGAAAAACGCAAAAACAUUACUAUCAAUUCAAAAGGUGAAAAAGAAAUGGGUGGAUUAGCUAACCAAAAUCAAUUUGGUGGUAAUGAUUUAUCGGCUGGACAUGGUUUUACCCAGCUUCAACGAAGCAUAUUGAAUAUUCUUGGUAAACAUCGUGAUUCACCAUCUGGUUUAAAACGAAUGGAAAUUCAUAAUUAUAUGACUGGUGUUAAUUCUAAUCUUAUUGAUGAUGCUAUUCAAUUUUUAGUUAAUGAAGGUCAUAUUUUUAGUACAGUUGAUGAAAAUACUUUUAAAGUUACUGAUUUCUGAACAAAAAAAAAUGUUAACAUUGGAAUUUCAAUUUUCAAAAAAAAAAUUUAUCAAUUUUUUUUCCUAAAUAAAAAUUAUUCCUACAAUCGA